AUGAACAAAGAGCCAGCCUCAGACACGACGCGCCACGCGCUGUCGCCACCGCUGCUGCACGAAGUGGCGGCCGUCUUGGCGACGGCGCUGCCACGCAACUACAGGUGCUCGUCGGCGACGGUGGUCGAAUGUCCGGACCUGCGCACGGCGCCGUUUGGCCUGGCAGCUGCCGGUCUGAGCGGCCGCCCGACUGUUGCCGAUGUGGGCGGCCAGGGCAACCUGUUCCCGACGCCACGUCGUGACAAGAACUACGGCCUGGUCGACGUGGCCGCGCGCAUGCAGCUGGAUGAACAGCGUGGCGCCCUGUUGGGGGCCGGUGCCGGUCCCAACCGCGUGCACGGCAUCAACUCGGAGCUGGCGGCCAGCCUGAGCUGGCAGGGCGGCCAGGAAGCCAAGAACAUCACCGACUGCAGCCGCAGCAUCCGGAUCGCUGCCGACAAUCACGGCCAUGAUCACGUGCAGUGCGUCCUCUCCGGCAGCACCGAGUGCGCCCUCAUGGCCAACCUGUACGGCUCUCUGGGCCUUCCGGGUCCCGUCCUCCGCGUCACGGCACGAGGUCGCCACGGAAAUGCCGCCAGCUUCCCCGAAUUCCUGCGCGCUACCCUGCACGACGCCUACGGACCCGACCGCCAGGUCUCGCUCGGCGGCGUCUUUCUCUUCAAGACCGGCCGCGCUCGCUUCCACGUGAUGCCCGAUUUUCCGCCCGCCAGCGCGCUGCCAUUUGCCGACCGCCAGGCCGUCGAGCGCUGGCUGACCUUCCACGACUUUGCUGCGCCCAUCGUCUGCCUCUCGGUCUUCCACUCGGCCGAUCCCCACCAGCUCGGCCUUCGCAUCGAGCACACCCACGGCUUUGCCGCCGACAGGCCCGCCGGCGGCCACUACCACUACGACCACCUCGCGCGCGAUGGCCACGACGAUGACGAGGUUGAGUACGAGGCCUACUUCAACGUCGCCGAUGCCCUCGUCCAGAUCGAUCCGGCGCGAGCGAACUACGAGGGGCGGGGCGAGGGGCACUGA